GGUGAGCUCGGUGUUUACCAUGGCGGCUAUCUGCUAAUUGAAAGGGAAAUGCGGGUUCUUUAGCUGCUGCAACAGUCACAGUUUUACGGGGGGAAAAGCCAGAGGAUAUUUGUAAAAGAAUGACCAACAGAACAUCUUAUUUUUAUGACCCAGACGUGGGCAACUUUCAUUACGGUGCUGGCCACCCCAUGAAGCCUCACCGUUUGUCUCUGACACACAGUCUGGUGUUGCACUAUGGACUCUACAAGAAAAUGAUGGUGUUCAAGCCAUACAAAGCAUCUCAGCAUGACAUGUGUCGGUUCCACUCUGAAGACUACAUAGACUUCCUGCAGAAGGUCAGCCCCAACAACAUGCAGGGCUUCACAAAGAGCCUCAACACAUUUAAUGUGGGAGAUGACUGCCCUGUGUUUCCAGGUCUUUUUGAGUUCUGUUCAAGAUACACAGGAGCCUCUUUACAGGGGGCUACACAGCUCAACCACAAGAUCUGUGACAUUGCCAUCAACUGGGCGGGAGGUUUGCAUCAUGCCAAAAAAUUUGAGGCGUCUGGGUUUUGCUACGUCAAUGACAUCGUCAUCAGUAUACUGGAGCUGCUCAAAUACCACCCUAGGGUACUGUACAUUGACAUAGACAUUCACCAUGGUGACGGCGUCCAGGAAGCCUUUUACCUGACCGACCGCGUCAUGACUGUGUCUUUCCACAAAUAUGGGAACUACUUUUUUCCAGGGACAGGUGACAUGUAUGAGGUUGGGGCAGAGAGCGGCCGGUACUACUGCCUCAAUGUUCCUCUCAGAGACGGCAUCGAUGACCAGAGCUACAGGCAGCUGUUCCAGCCGGUUAUUAAGCAGGUGGUGGAUUUCUACCAGCCGACCUGCAUCGUUCUACAGUGUGGAGCAGAUUCUCUGGGCUGUGACAGACUGGGCUGCUUCAACCUCAGUAUACGAGGACAUGGUGAGUGUGUGGAGUUUGUAAAGAGCUUUAAGAUUCCUCUGUUGGUCCUGGGAGGAGGAGGAUACACAGUGAGGAACGUGGCUCGCUGCUGGACCUAUGAGACGUCUCUGUUAGUGGAUGAAUCCAUCAGCGAUGAGCUGCCUUACAGCGAGUAUUUUGAGUACUUUGCUCCAGACUUCACGCUGCAUCCUGACGUCAGCACCAGGAUAGAAAACCAGAACUCCAGACAGUACUUGGAGCAGAUCCGUCAGACGGUGUUUGAGAACUUGAAGAUGUUGAACCACGCACCCAGCGUCCAGAUCCAUGACGUCCCCUCCGACAUGCUCAGCUACGAACGCAACGACGAGCCCGACCCUGAUGAGCGGGGGGCCGAGGAAAACUACACCAGGCCAGAGGCAUCCAAUGAGUUUUAUGACGGUGACCACGACAACGACAAAGAGAGCGAUGUAGAAAUUUGACCUAUGGGAAAGAGAGAAGUGGAGCUUUUCCUUGCAGCCUCCUGUUUGCAUCGGCGGCGCUCUCCAGUCAUCACUGCAGAUCACAAAAAACACUUUCAGGAAGGACAGAAAAGACCCUCAAGCUCUCCGUUUACUCUCAACUAGUUUCUGUCAAUCCACCUUUCCACACUGACGUCAUGGCUGCUCCACCACCAUACCUCAGUAGUAUAGACAUGAUGUUGGCACCUGAGUCUUGUAUAUACUGUCAGCCCAAAUUACAUAUAUUUUCAUAAUGCUGGAUACUGAAACACAUGUAUAUACAGUAUAUCAGCUGUGUUACAGGAUCAGAUGCGCCUUCAUGUUCUGAAAACUAACCUUUUCUUUCAAAGUCAAAUAUGGAAAUUUUAGUAAUAGCAUUUUUUUUUAAUGUUUUUCUUUUCCUCCUGUAAUCUUGUCCAUGUUAUCUUAGCACUGAGUUGUAUUUAGCUUUUGAAAGAGGAAAAUGUUAUCUGCAACAUUUAAGCAUUUCAGUCAGCUGAAUUUUUGUUAAAAGCAGCAACAAGUUUGUCCCAAAAAAGAAAAUUGAGCAUCCGUUCUGUCAACGCCUGGGAUUUAAUUGCAGUGACAGAACGAUGUCUAUGUGAAGAUGACUGAAACCACAGCCACAGUUAUCACCAGGUGUCAUGGAGAAGUCGUGAGGAGGUUCUUGAUUUAUUCCAUCUUACAAGACACAGGCUAAAGUGAGAAGCUGUUCAAGGGCGUGCACAGAUACAUUAGACACACAUGAGCCAGUACAGAUGUUUAAAUGCAUGUGCACAGUUUUUAGACAGUCUCAGACGUACAAAUGAUUCCUGUUGUCGUUUCACUUCACCGCUUUUCUUAUUUUACAGUCACUGUGAAUCUGACAGAAUGUGGCAGUUUUUUUUUCCAUUUCCAUUUUUUUUUUACCACAGCAUUAUUCAUGUGCCUUACAGCUCUGACAUGUCAAACACUGUUGUAGGAGUGGGGCACAUUCAUGUCAACUUCAACUUUUUUGACACAGAUUUGGAUUUCUACAAGUGAAUAUCUGUAACUGAGGGCACCAGCUUGGAUCUGAUCCAAACAGAGACUCCUCCUCUCCUGUCUUUUCAUUCCUUUCUCUUAUUACUGUACAUACGUAUAAAUGUAUGAACUGUGAUUGUGUUCAUAAUGUAGAAGAGGACAAGACGGUGAAAAGGCUGGUGGUUUGGUAGAGAAACAUUUUGUACAUGAUGAGAUGACAGAGUGCAGGUCCUUCACUGUGCAGCUUCACUACGGAUGUACAUCAGUGGCAGUAGAACAGUUUGAAGCCACAUUAGAAACAUUUCUACCAUCUUCCACCCUUGGUCCUCUUUUAGCCAAAAACAGGUUUUAUGUGAUUUUUGAUAUUGUUGUCAGCAACUUUUUGUUUUUAAUAAAAAGAACAAUUCUAA